AUGGGAACUUUAAAUCAGAACAACUGGGCCAAGAAGUUCCCGUCCUGCAGCAACGCCAAGCAAUCCCCCAUCAACAUCGAGGAGAGUCUGGCCCAGGUGAAGCUUCAGUUUCAGAAGCUCCGGUUCGAGGGCUGGGAGACGCUGACGUCCGAAAGGACAACCAUCAAGAACGAUGGGAAGACCGAUGCCGGAGGUGGGCAGCGUCAGCUAGACAAAUGUGUGAUCACGGGAAUCGCCAUGGGAAAUGAGGACAUGAGGAACAGGAGCCUGGUGAAAGAAUGGUGCCAGACUGACCUGGUUAUGUCCACUGGCAAUGUGAGCGCUGCAAACUGUGGCUCCAGGCAUGACUUAUCCCAAUCACCACUGAAAUGUAAGCAUCUGUUUGUGUCCACGGGGCUGUCAGACCUCACCGUGGGUCUGAUCCUCCUCGCAGGCUCUCUGGCCGUCCUCUGCACCUGUCUGCUGCUUCUGGUCAAACUGCUAAACUCUCUUCUUAAAGGCCAGGUCGCAAAGGUCAUCCACAAAGUCAUCAACACAGACCUGCCAUAUCCGUGUGGGUGGCUGUCAGGAUACAUGGCCAUGUUUGUGGGCGCAGGGAUAACUUUUGUGGUCCAGAGUAGCUCUGUCUUCACUUCAGCCUUGACUCCUCUUAUAGGUAUCGGUGUGAUCAGCCUCGAGCGGGCCUAUCCCCUCACCCUCGGGUCCAACAUCGGCACCACGGCCACCGCUCUGCUGGCAGCUCUGGCCAGUCCUGGGAACAAGUUAGCAGCUGCCAUACAGAUCGCUCUGUGUCACCUCUUCUUCAACGUCUUUGGCAUAAUGCUGUGGUAUCCUCUCCCCUUCACGCGCCUGCCCAUAAGGAUGGCGCGUGUCCUUGGUGAGCGCACUGCCAAGUACCGCUGGUUUGCAGUCCUUUACCUCCUCCUGUGCUUCGUGCUCCUGCCCUCGCUGGUUCUGGGCCUCUCGUUGGCAGGCUGGCAAGUGAUGGCCGGCGUUGGGGCUCCGUUCCUGUGUUUGACCAUCUUCAUCUCCAUGAUUAAUGCGAUGCAGGCCCGUACUCCUCGCCACCUGCCCACUAAGCUGCAGAGCUGGGACUUCCUGCCCCAGUGGAUGCGCUCUCUCAAACCCCUCGAUCACCUCAUCACCAAGGCAACUGCCUGUCGUUGCGAGGAGGGACAGGGAGAAGAAGAAGAAGAGGAGCAUACAUCAACUCCGAAGACCUCUGUCAACACACAGGAAGAAUCGGCCCAGAGGAAGGCACAACUGGCUUAUGACAACCCAGUACUGGACUACCUGGACGAGAGCAGACCAGGUGUGAAGGUGUUCAAAUUGAAAGGGUUGGAGAGGUGCAACAGCACUCCACUGUAGUCAAACCAACAAUAUUUACUUAGAUCUGUAUUUUGACAAUAUCGUCAGACGAGAAAACAUAUUUUAUAAUGCCUUGGAAUAAAAGCCAGUUCUUGUUAAUAAUUGAUCUAUCAUUAGAAUAGCCAGGAUACAUUACAUGAGCUAGUAGUAUGAGAUUUUCAUCGAUGCUUGAUUUUCUUCCAACUGAGUCAGCAACCAUCUACAAUGAACUUUGAAACUCAUUUAAUGAUGAACUACACUAACACAGCAUGCAAUGUAGUGUGAUUCUGUAAUUGAGUUUUUGACCACUAGUGGCACUAUGGAGAAUUGCUUUUUACGAGUGGGUCCCCAUUGGUUGUGCACAUUGCCAAAAUAAGACGAACAUCCAUAAAAAAUGGCAAUUGCAAAGAAUUGUUAUUAAUACCACACGGCCUUAGAGUAAUACCUAAUUAAGGAUAACUACAUGACUUAAUGUGUCUGGGCUAUAGACACAAUAUUUGAAUCCAAAAGAUCCAGAGGUGUGUGGGGCAGUGGGUUCAGAGUAGGUGUUCGGGUUCAAAUCCCACUGCAGUCAGCAUGUCGUUGUGUCCCUGGGCAAGACACUUCACCCCAAGUUGAUCCUGUGGGGA